UAAAGCCAUACUCUUUCUGGAUUUCACCUACUGUUCCUCUUUCUUUCUCUCUCUCUCUCUCUCUCUCUCUCCAGGCAGCCGGAAAACUGCUCUCUGUCGCCGGUAAACCGCUUGUUUCCCGGUGUUUACUCCGCUAGUCUUUGCCGAAGGACAAUUCCUGACGUGAACGUUCACACACAUUCGGAUUGGAGAUACCGGUGUUGACAUUGAGUGGUUUUCUGAGAUUGCAGAGUUUUAACAGGUGGAAAUUGUCCGAUCUCGACGUCGGAGGUCGUUUGGAGGGAAUGUGGCUGAUAACGGAGAAGAUCGUGAUUUAAGGCUGAGUUUUGUCGUUGUGUUACCGCUUUUGUUCUUCUAUUUCGCUUGUUUGUGUUUGGUGAAGUGAGAGAAGACGGAGAGUUCCGGCGAGAAAGUUCGGAAUGAGAUGGUGGAAGGAAGGGUUUGUUUCUCCAGAGAGGACACAUUGAAAUUUCUGAAGCAUAAGAGGCUUCAGCGGAUGAAAGCUUGUACUAUGAAUGAUGCUCCAUUUGUGUCUAACCUAAUGACCAGAAGUGGAGGAGAUUCAUUAAGAGGUUCUACAUCUUGUGGUGAUAGAUUAUUCAGCAAUCUGGACUCCUAUCUUCAACCUCCUGCCACUGAUGCUAUGUCAAAGUGGAAGACUGACAAGUUUGACCCAAAUAAUCUUGAUUGGACAGAUAAAAUCCCAGAAUGUCCAGUAUACUUUCCAACUAAAGAAGAGUUCGAGGACCCUCUUGUUUAUCUCCAAAAGAUCUCUCCAGAAGCUUCAAGAUUUGGUAUAUGCAAGAUUGUUUCACCUUUAAGUGCUUCAGUUCCUGCUGGAAUAGUUCUAAUGAGAGAGAAAUCUGGUUUUAAAUUUACCACAAGAGUUCAACCUCUUCGUCUUGCUGAGUGGAAUACCGAAGAUAAGGUGACAUUCUUCAUGAGUGGAAGAAAUUAUACAUUCCGUGAUUAUGAGAAAAUGGCGAACAAGGUUUUUGCACGUAGAUAUUAUAGUGCUGGAUGUCUUCCUGCUACAUAUGUGGAAAAAGAAUUUUGGCAUGAAAUUGCUUGUGGAAAGACAGAAAGUGUUGAAUAUGCUUGUGAUGUUGAUGGAAGUGCUUUUUCAUCUUCUCCCACUGAUCAACUUGCUAAUAGCAAUUGGAAUUUAAAGAAAGUUUCAAGGCUUUCAAGAUCCAUUUUACGUCUCCUUGAAACAACAAUUCCGGGUGUUACUGAGCCUAUGCUUUACAUUGGGAUGCUAUUCAGCAUGUUUGCUUGGCAUGUAGAAGACCAUUACUUAUAUAGCAUGAAUUAUCAUCACUGUGGAGCUGCAAAAACAUGGUAUGGUGUUCCUGGACAUGCAGCUUUGGAUUUUGAAAAGGUGGUUAGGGAAAAUGUUUACACUCAUGAUAUUCUAUCAACUGAUGGAGAAGAUGGUGCUUUUGAUGUUCUUUUGGGGAAGACAACCUUAUUUCCUCCAACUAUUUUAUCAGAUCACAGUGUUCCAGUUUACAAAGCUGUUCAAAAGCCUGGGGAAUUUGUUGUCACUUUUCCUAGAGCAUAUCAUGCAGGAUUUAGUCAUGGUUUCAAUUGCAGUGAAGCUGUGAAUUUUGCAAUAGGUGAUUGGUUCUUAUUGGGGUCAAUAGCUAGUCAUCGAUAUGCCCUUUUAAAUCGUACACCUCUCCUUCCACAUGAAGAACUUUUAUGCAAAGAGUCCAUGAUUCUUCAUUCAACUCCGGAAUCGGAAUCGGAAUCGAAACCGGAAUCGGAAUCUUCGACAGACAUGAUAUCUCACCAAAACAUCAAAGCAGCAUUCGUGAACUUAAUCCGAUUCCAACACCAAAUCCGUUGGAAUCUAACAAGAUCAAAACAUUUCAAUGGUGAUUCCAUUCAUUCCCAUGGAACUAUUCUUUGCAGCAUUUGUAAACGUGAUUGUUACAUUGCGUAUAUCAACUGUAAUUGCUAUCUACACCCUGUAUGCCUUCGUCAUGAGUUGGACAUGCUCGGGUUACCAUGUGGAGAUGGGUUUACGGUUUCUGUGAGAGGAGAUAUCUUGGAAUUGGAAAGUGUGGCGAGGAGGUUUGAGGAGGAGAAAGAUGUUGUGAAUUUGGUUAAAGAGCAAUCUGUAAUUGCUAAUGAUAUGAUUCUGUUAUCGAAAAUGUAUCCGGUAAUAGAAGGUGAUUCGUAUGUUCCGUAUUGUGAGAUCGGAAUGGAAUCAAGGAAGGAAUGGAAUCGUACAGAUGAAAUAUUUGAUACUUGUAAACCGGAGAGUAUCUCUUUAAUUAACCAUGUACAUGCAGAUAAUAGUAAUUCUUACCCUGUGGAUGUUAGAAAUACAUAUAAAGAAACCGAUGAUUCCGAUUCCGAUUCCGAAACAUUUAGGGUCAAACGCCGGUCAAAAUCGGAGAACAAAAACACACACGAUUCCGUUCCUUCAAAUUUCGAAAAUCAGGGGCUUAAACGAUUAAAAAAAGUACAAAAAGCGAACCCCACUUCCAUUUCGAUCAAGUACAAGAAAACCGGAACGGAUGAUAAUGUGUACCACGAACCGGGAAAAAGCAGUUUAGAAACCGGUCCAAAGCGGCUUAAAGUUAAAGGCCCAUCAAUUAUUAUCGGGUUGGAAAACGUAACGGGUCGGGUUGACUAAAGAUUUGACUACGCUAACUUGGAUCCAAAUCGGGUUUUUUUUUUCUAAGUUUUAACAACACGUGGAAGCAGCAGAAAAAUUGACCCAUAUUUUUAGAUGAAAAAAGUAUAAUAUUCUUUGUGCAGGCCUCAAAUUGGGGCGUGAUUGGCACGUGAACCGGUU